AUGGCGUUCUCUCCCCGCGCUCACCGCAGGCGUACGCGGGCGGCCGGCGCGCUGCUGGGCGGCGGAGCCUCGACGUCGUCGUCAGAGACGGCGAACUCGAGCGCCGGCCGCUUGGGCUUGACGCGCCUGCUCGCUGCGCUCGUCCAGCAGGUACACGAGAGGCUCAUCGUCGCCUGUGAGAGGGGCUCGUGUACGACUAGGGCACUAUAA